UUAGGUAAUAUUUUUUUAACUUUUCGCUGCUCAGUCAAUCCAGGCGUUGAUUGAGGGAACCAGUUUUUGACCGUGAUGGAAGAGCAUAUUUGAGUAUAAAAGGUCCUCUUGGUGUCCAUCAGAGGCAGACACGAGUGACAGUGAAAGCUUGUGACAGACACACCAGGUCCUGGCAACAUGAUGCUCUUGGCAGCUUUGUUGACGAUUUCCUCCGCGUUUCUCUCCGUCAACGGUUUCCGGGUGGUUUGCUACGUGCAAGCGUGGGCACACUGGCGAGCCGGUUCCAUCAAGUUUAUCCCGGCCAAAAUCGACACCACCCGCUGCACCCACGUGGUGUAUUACCUGGCGGAGCUGGACACCACCAGCCUGACCAUCAUUCCACACGACAGUGGAGACCCCGACAUGUACUCCCAGCUGGCAGCCCUCAAGACCCAGCACCCAAAUAUCACGAAUUUGAUUGCAGUUGGAGGCUGGAAUCUUGGUGUUGAGAAAUGGGACACCAUAGUGUCCAGUGAGGACAACAUCAACACCUUUGCUACCAACGCCGUCCAGUUUUUGCGCACGAACAACUUCGAUGGUGUCGUCAUCGACUGGGAGUACCCCGGGGAUCGCGGAAGCCCCGCAGCGGACAAACAGAAAUACACCCAGCUUCUCACGGCGCUGAAGGCGGCCUUCGUCAAAGAUGCCGCGGACACCGGCAAGCCCCGGCUGCUGCUGACGGCCCUCAUCUCCCCCAGUCAGUACCGGGUGCAGAUGUCCUACGAACUCGCAGAACUGAUCAAACUUGUGGACUAUUUUGACCUUUCAACCUAUGGCCUGCACGGCUACUGGGAGACCACCACUGGUCACCCCAGCGCUCUGUACUCUCCUUCUGGUGGUCAGGACGCCAUUGACCCUCAGAUUCAGUUCAUCCUCAGCAACUCAGUACCAGCUGGCAUGCUCAACCUGGGCAUCUCCACCAGCGGCACCAGCUACACCCUCGCCGACCCGACCUCCACCGAUGUCGUCGCCGCCGCCACAGGCGCAGGAGCAGCUGGCAGCCUGAUGAAACAGGAGGGAGUACUGGCGUACUUUGAGAUCUGUAAGAUACUCCAGGCAGGCGGCGCUACUAAUGGGACCCUAACAGGGAGUAAGGCCCCCUACAUCAUUGAAAAUGGCCGCUGGACCGGAUAUGACGACGUUGCGAGUGUUCAAGAAAAGGUGGAUUAUGCCGUAGCCAAGGGGCUCGGAGGGAUCAUGUUGUACACCAUUGACCUCGACGACUUCAACGACAUCUGUGGUGACGGCAAAUACCCGCUCUUGACGGCCGCUACUGAUCGUGUGCCUGUCGUGGGGUAGAGACCUUCCCGACAACCCUCAACCUUUGUUCCAUACGCCAUCUUGUGUCUCAGCCGUGUAACCACAGUAACAGGAAGACUGUCUCAAGGAUCACGAUGUGUUCUUGUCAAGUAGGGUUCACAACGCUCUGAAUGUUAAUAAUUUGUGUGCAGCUCAAUAAACAGAUAUUUUCUUGCAA